AUGUCUGGGCUGAUGGGAUCCCCUGAUAAGUUUCUGCCAUCUGAGUGGAAACAUGCAAACCAGGUGCAUUUCAGGAGCUCGGAGGCAGAACGAUCACUCUCACAGAGACUGACAGCAGAGUGUCAAAGACUGGUAGAGGAGAGUGACAAAUCUACCAAACACAUGCAACAGGAUGCACAAAAGAAGCUGGAGCAGAGAAUCCAGGACAUCAAAUUCUGGAGGCAGGAACUGGACCAGAAGUUUGAGGAGAUGGUGCAGGAGAUUGAGACCCUCAUCAUUUUUAAGAGCCGUGUGGAAAGAGCCUUAGAAAGCUGCUCUGAGCCUUUCCAAGUGACUUUGCAAUGUCUGACUGUGAGACAAAAGCGGGUGGCGAUUGACCUUGUGCAUGAUGAGGUGGAAGAGGAGCUGUUGAAGGAGAAGGAGGUGAUUGAAGGAGUGAUGGUCCUGCUUCAGCGAACACUGGAGCAGAUCAAUGAACAGAUCAGGCUCAUUCGUUCAGUGAAAUACUAUCUGGAAAAGGACCUGCAGGACAAAUUUCAGGCUGAGCACAUUGAUGAUUUCUGUGCCCUUCUCACUAAUGCGUCGCCUGAUUUAAACAAAGGGAAUUCAGAUUUUAGCAGUGUUGGAACUGCAGUGACUCUUGUGGAGAGCCCAAACAACGUAACAGCCCCCAAAGAAAAACACACUGCUCCAGUCAGGCUGACCGAGGCACUUAAACUGUCAGAGAUGGAACUGAAAGCUCUAGCAAGACGCCAGUUGAGCCUAGAGGAGGAGAUCCAGGUCAAGACCAACUCCCUGUACAUAGACGAGGUGAUCUGCCAUCAGCUACGUCAGCCUGUGGUUAUUCACAAUUUCUGAACAGGGCUCAUGUAUGGCGGAAAGGCCUAGUAUAUUUUAUUGUGUUUUGGAAAAAGAGUUUCCUUUGAAUAAUUUUAUGUUUUUUUG